UUUACCUUGGUCUGACAAACGUAAACAAAGCAAAUUCACAGACCAAACAUUUACAACACAUGUCUACAAUCAUGUAGCACAAAACCAGAAAUUACAUGUUAUUUAAUACACUCUAAUAAAUAAUAUUGGAAAACAGUCAUCCAUUUUACUUCUGAAAGAAAAUUAUAGCAUUGUAGCAGAGUGAUAGAAAAACCGACACAUUAUCAAUGGGUAGAACUAAGACUAUCAGCGGUCGAGGUGGAACGAACAGUCCAUCGUCAUCAGACAGCAAUCCAGCUUCAAAUACAGCACAAAAAUCGGAAACUAGAAUAAAGGAUUUACUGAAGGAAUUGUAUACUUUAAUACAUAAUGUUCAGGACGAAAGGGCUCGUGGGGAACACAACUUGACAAACAUAUCAAAGACUCAUGAAAGAAUGCAACAGGAACAGAGAGUGACACCCUACUACAAGACUAAAUUGAAAGGCCUGUACAAGACAGCCAUGCAGGACGCUGAAGUAGAAGCAGAACUUUUAAGGAAAGCUUUAGAUAAGAUAUCAGAGAUAAAGUCUAUCAGAGAACAAAGGAGAAUUGCUGAUUCAGACAGACCUAAGCCUAUAAUGAGAAGGGGUGUACUGAUGUCUAUGUUACAGCAGAAUGCCAGCACACUGCCAUUGUGGGUCAGCAAGCCUGGUGAAAAGCCCCCUCCAUUGUGUGGUGCUGUACCUGCAGACAACAAUUACAUAGCCAAGCCUGGAGAUAAGGUUGCUGCCAGAGUGAGGUCAGAUGAUGAGGAGAAUUUGAUCUUGGCAGAGGUUGUGUCCUUUAUUGCAUCAGCAAAUAAAUAUGAUGUGGAUGACAUUGAUGCUGAUGAAGGAAAAGAAAGACAUACAUUGAGUAAAAGAAGGAUUGUAGCACUACCAAUAUGGAAAGCUAAUCCUGAGACAGAUCCGGCUGCUUUGUUUGGUAAAGGAUCUUUGGUGCUGGCGUUAUAUCCACAGACAACCUGUUUCUACAGAGCACUUAUACAUGAACCACCAAAGAAGCAAGGAGAUGAAUACUCUGUACUAUUUGAAGAUACAUCCUACCCUGAUGGGUAUUCCCCUCCACUGAUGGUUGCUCAAAGAUAUGUCAUUCUGUGUAAGGAGGAUAAGAAGAAAUGAACAGUGCUAUGUGAACACAAAAUAAUGUAUUUUAGAAAUUAUAUUUCUCAGCUGCCAUUUUUCGCAGUAUAAUAUUGCCAACUAUGAAACUGCAUGUAUGUUUUUUUUUUCUCAAAUUCAAGAUGUUAGUUAAGUUGAAUGCUUUCUGAUGUAUAUUUUUGCUUUCUGAUGUAUAUUUUUGAAAUACAAGUUAUGAAUGCUUUAAGCAGUAUCUUCUAAAUAUAAAGGGUGAGGCAAUUGAUGGUGUAUUUGUAAAAGAAUAUUUGUUUUUGCUCAUCUAGUUAUGUUUAUAGAAUACAAUGUAUAAUUAAGGACUGUUAAUAUUGUUAUUAUGUAUAUAAAUAUUAAUGUAUAGAGUAAGGUGAUAAGUUAUGAAUAUUAAUGAGACAACUAUUAUCAGUCCAGAUGAUGUGGAUGUUCAUGGACUCAAUAUCAUAUUUCAUAUACAUGGAGUAAGUACUUUGAAUAUUUGAAGCAGUGGUAAUGUUUAAAAAUAUAUUCAGAUUCUGAUCAGUUGUUUUUAGCAACCCACUCAUAAAUGUGAUUUCAAAUGCCAAUCCUAGAGGCCACAUAUAAGACGUAUAGAAUAUGCCUCUGCUUAUCUUUAGAAUUAAUAGAUAUAUCAAUAUGUUAUAAAUAUUAAUGUUUUUUUACUAAGAGAUAUUAAUUAUCUGGAUUAAAGUAUGAGUGACAAUGAGAAAACUCUCUAUCCAAGUUAUAAUUUGUAGAAGUAAACAAUUAUGGGUCCAGGUACAGUCUUCAACAUGGAACCUUGGCUCACACUGAAGACAUCAAGCUAUAUUGGAUCCAAAAUAUUACUGGUGUAAAACCAUUCAAACAUAAAAACAACAGUCUAAUAUCCAGUAAUCUAUAUGAGAAACAAGAAACAAUUAUGAACCACAUCAACAAACAACAACAACUGAACAUCAAAUUCCCGACUUCGGACAGUUGCAAUCAAAUGUUUUGAGUUUAAGCAUUUUAAUAGGUACCAACCUUCACCCUAUCUGAAACAAUAGUGUAACAUCACAACAUAGAUGUCUAUACUUUAUUUGUCUUACUGUGCUUAACUAGUAACAAUAGCAAUGGCUAAACAGUUUUACCUAAUUGCAGUUUGAAUUUUUCCCACAAACUAAAUAACUGGUAAAAUAUUUUAACAAUUUGCUCAAGUUAAAGAUUAUUAGUAUGAAGUGUGUGUUGUGAAAUAAAAUGAUAUAUUUACCAUCCAGCUCAGUAAUUUUUCAAAGAUGUGUAGGAGUUAUUUGGGAAGCUGUUUCUUUCAUACCACAAUUUAAUUUCUGGCAAGAGCUAAAUUAAAUUGUUCUUGUAAUCAAAACUGUAAUCAGAUGUUUUAACAAAAUAAAUUUUAAUUCAUUAUUUCUCAUCAUCUCUCUUUCUGCAUAUUUCAAUAUUAUCAUGUCAUGUUAUUUUUAUAAUCUAUUUUAUUUAGGACUAAGAUAAAUUAUUGUUUCUUUGUUUAAAAUUAUAAUAUAUUUGUUUUGUAUUGAUAAUACCAUACAUAAUGUAGUUCUGUAUUAGUUUUUACAUCUGUACCAAGUACAAGAUAUUGUAACAUGUAUUGUUGGAAAAUAAAUUUAAAAUAGUUA